AAAAUAAAACGUAGGCUUCCACUAACCAAUCCACUAUUUAUAGUCGCGCCACACCACCUUCUUUCCCCAGCCUUGAGCCUUGUCUGGUGCUUGUAGAGAGGACUAGAGCCAUGGAGUCUGACGCGACCCAUGCACCCGCCACCUCCUCUUCCUCCUCCUACUCUUCCGACUCAGCCGUCAUCAAUGGCGUACAGGACGUGUCCAAGAGUGAGCCCAAGCAUCUGAAGCGCAAGAGACAGACCGCCACCUCUCCUGUUGCUCCAGCCACCGGCAGCCAAGAGACGGAGGGUGCCGACGGCGCCGCCCGGGCCGAGGAGAGCAGCAGCUGCGCCGCCGGGGAGGAGCGCACGGCCGGAAGGCACCCGUCGUACCGCGGCGUGCGUCGCCGGAGCUGGGGCAAGUGGGUGUCGGAGAUCCGAGAGCCGCGCAAGAAGUCGCGCAUCUGGCUCGGCACCUUCCCGACCGCGGAGAUGGCCGCGCGCGCGCACGACGUGGCCGCGGUCGCCAUCAAGGGCCGCCGCGCGCACCUCAACUUCCCGCACCUCGCCGACGCGCUCCCACGUCCGGCCUCCACUUCCCCCGCCGACAUCCAGGCCGCGGCCGCCCUGGCCGCUGCCCAAUGCGAGCCUUCCUCCUCCGUCGCCGAGACCACGGAGACGCCGACGACAUCGACGGAGACAUCGGCCGCAAGCUCCGGUACGGCCGUUAGCGGCGAGGAGAACGCUCUGUUCGACCUGCCCGACCUUCUGCUCGACCUGAGGGACGGCCUCUGGUGCUCGCGUACCUGGGCGACGGCCGCCGACGACUACGACGGCGGCGAAGCCGCGCUGCACGAGCCGCUCCUGUGGGUGGAGCAGUGCUGGACCUAGCCGUUCCGUUCCGACGCGUGGGCCAUGCCUGGCCAGAAGAGAACACCCGUAGACAUGGGCAUGUACUAGCGUUUCAUUUUUCCAAUUACUUUGCGCUUUUGCUUCGCGCCAUGCCAGGCCUGCCAUCUUGGGGUGGCAAGUCGUUCUAGCUAGACGUUUCACCGUUUUCUUCACGGUGUGUGUUGUAUCCCGAAAUGUGAAAUACAGACCCCUCAAAAAGGGAGAAAAAAAGGAAAUAUGAAAUAACCCCUCUAAACUUUAUAAGACGUUUUAGGUUACUACUCCAAGGGAGUACAAUCUAUAUCUUCGGUCUUGAAAUCUCAAACACUCGAUUAAUCAUGAACGAUAUUGUCCUUUUGUUCAGCAAAGGUAUAUUUGAUAUUUCCACACUGCAA